AUGAUCCCCUGCACGCGAUCUCUCGGGUGCAAGACCCACAGCAUCAGUGCCAAGCGCAACGUCCUCGGCCGCUCGAAGCCCUUCCACAUCCUGAUGGCCGAGUUCACCUCGGUCGAUCAUUACACCCCGCCGGCGGAGCCGGCCGCCACCACGGCAGCCGCUGCUCCGGCCACGGCCACGGCCACGGCCACGGCCACGGUUGCCAGUACGGCCGCGGCCACGCCAUCCUCCUUUGGCCCGGCGUCGACCGACUCGCCGAGCACCCGUGGCCGGGCCGGGGCCGGGGCCGGUCGGGCCGCGGUGUCGGUCAAGCUGCUGGCUCAGCCGGGCGAGGGGGGGGGCCCGCCGGCCCCGGGCCCCGGGUCCCGGCCGAGUGCCCGAGCCAAGGUGCUCACCCCGGAGCCCGAGGCCCCGGCCACCGGCCCUCCCCCGGCCGACAAGGCCCCGGCCGACAAGAAGCCCAUCGACCCGGGCCCGCCGGCCACCAGGGCGCCGGAGCUCGAGGCGGCCCUGCUUCAGCAUCCGGCCAUGCGGCCCCUGGCCGAGGCUCUUCUGUGCAUGGCCAGCGUCAUCCCGGCCCCGGCAUCCGGGGCCAUGGUGGAGGGACUUGCUUUGGCGCCGCCAGCGCCCGGCCCCCCGGGGGCGGCCCCUGCCCUCGGCCGGCCGGCCAGCGGCUCGGCCACCGCCUCGCCAUUCCACAUCCCGGGGAAUUCCUUCCGCUCGGACCACUUUGCCAUCACCACUUCCCCGGGGCUUGGGGCCCCGCCGGGCCUGGGGCUCCAUCUCGCCACGCCCGGGCAUGUUCCCUCUCGGGCGCCUCCCCCCCCGGCGGUCUUCCGGAUCAUUGGCCGCUCGGCCGGCCCGACGUCGGCCUCGCGCGCCGCCGGCUCGCUUCUGGGUGGUGGCCUCUUCCGGUCGGCGGUCUUCACGCCGGACUCGAGUCCCCCCCCGGGGCAUCGCGCCGACACCCCGACGACCCUGCCGCUGCCCAUGGCCACCUCGUCGCUGGCGCUGCCGGAAAUCCCGGUCCUGGCCGGCGGCGGCCCGGCGGCUCGGUUCUUCCCCAACAUGUACUCUCGUGUGCAUGAGCCGCUGUUUUUGUCGCGGCCCGCGCCCCUCGGGCAGGCGCCCAUGCCGCCCGGUGUGCAUAUGGGCCCUGCUGCCCCGGGCCGCCCCGGGGGUGGUGUCCUGCCGGGCGGGUCGCGUGCCAUGUCCCCGGCACACGACCUGCCGGCUCACCCUCCGGGUGCUUAUCCCCCAGGCCCGCAUGCCUAUCAGCAUCCGCAUCCGCAUCCGCAUCCGCAUCCACAUUCGCAUCCGCACCCGCCGCCGCCGCCGCCGCCGCACUCGCAGCAGCUCCCACACAACUAUCCACAUGGGCCCCCGCAUGGGCCCCCGCAUGGGCUCCCGCAUGGGCCCCCGGUGCAGCACCCGCACCACCACUACUCGCAACAGCAACGCUACUCGCCUCAUCCUCAGCAUCCCCACCCUCCUCACCCCCAUGCACAGCAGCAGCAGCAGCAGCAGCAGCAGCAGCAGCAGCAGCAACAUCAUCCACAGCAGCAGCACUAUAGCUCGCCGCCGCAUUUCCCGCAGCAACCGCACUCCCCCCCGAUGCCGGCGCUGCCAGCUACCAAUGCCGGGGCAGCCCCCCGGGUAUCCGACGUCAGGGCCCCUUCGCCGGGCUCUCACAAGGACUCGGCCGCUCUCUCUGCUGCUGCCAGCAUAGCUCCCCCGCCACAGCCGAAGAAGCGGGCACGUUCCGGGUCUGCCACCCCGCGGCCACCGAAGCCUGGCACCGGGUCCGCCGCGGGCGGGCCGGCGCUUCCGGUCUCCCUCCCUCAAGCAGCUGCCCCGCCGGCAGGCAAUGAGGCUGCCAGCUCGGGUGCCCCGGCUGCCGGGACCACCGCACCGCCGGCUGCCGGGGACCCACCCCCCCGGCCAGGCGGCCCGGUCAAGGCAAGGCGCAAGGUCGGCACUCGAAAGAAGAACUCCCCGGCGCCGGACACCCCGGCCGCGCCGCGCCCAGCCGCCGCCGCCGCCGCCGCCGCCGCCGCCGCUGCGCCUGCUCCCGCUCCGGCGCCCGCCCCCCCGGCCAAGCUCCAGACCUCCGGGGCUCCGGCCGGACCGGUCAAAAAGAAAGCCAAAACCACCGCCGCCGCCGCCGCCACCGCCGCGAGCGCCCCACCUGCCGCCGCCAAAGCCGGGUCCGCCGCUGGUCCCGCACCCAAGGCUGCUGCCGCCCGACCGGCUGCUGCCGCCGCCGCCGCCGCCGCGGCCUCCUCCGCACCGACGACGGCCGUCCCCGCGUCCGGGCCCGCAAACUCGAAGCAGAAACGCGCCGUCAGCUGA